AUGCGUUCUUCAACUCUUUUCAAGGUCGUCUUUUCAGCUUUCGCUACUUCUGUAGCUGCAGCUGUCAACUCGGAACCAGUCUCUCUUUAUGCCUAUGGCCCUGGAGUUGAUGGCCACCAACUCUUUUCUGCUGGAGACGAGUUAUACAUUGUCACGGUACUCGAUGACGGCAAAUGUCAGGUUUCUCCCAACACCACUGCGCUCUCUGGCCAUGCUCGCCCUGAUUGGUCCAACGGGACACUCGUUGCGCCUGGUCCAUCGAUCUCUUCCCGAAGUGUCAAGAUAGUCAAUGACACGAUCGACACAAGUGACUACAUUUCGGCCUUUAUGCUCUACGGACAGUUUUUCAUGGCUCAGGAGAAUGGACAAAUGCUGUCUCUUUGGUACAGGCAACCAACUAACAUCAAGGGCUUGUACACUGUUGGUUGGAAUGCUUCAGCCUCUGAGGCAUCCGAUGAAUUUGUCCCGAUCGUUUUGAAGAAGACUGCGCCAUCUAACCCCACUCUUUAG